CGGUCUGUCGGUCUCGCCUUGUCCCCCGUCAGCACUCAGCCCUUUCCUAGCACGAGCAAGAGGCUCCGUCCCGUUCCCGUUGUGGUCGCGGUUGCGUUGCCGUAUCCCGUUUACCGCGGCCCUGUCGUCCUGACGUUUCCGCUCAUUGAGGCCCGCCUCGCGCUGCGUGACUCCAUAACCACCGGCCUCACGGCUCCAUUGCACCCAUGAACAAUAGGGAGCGGCACGUCCCCGCUGGCCCCAGAGGGGAAACCCAGUCACCCACCAGGCGCAAGGAAAACUGCAGUCCCUCCAAAAUCAACGCUUACCGUCGACCUACCGAGGAUCCUCCGAUGCUGAGCGCCUCCUCGUCCAACAACCACUCAUUGUUCUCCUUUGGCAGCCGGAAUGGUAACGAAGACGGAUCAUCGACAAGCACAGCAUUCGAAUUCUUGCCCUCGGUGAGCUUCGACGACCUUCAGAGCAGCCUCGAGGCCGACUUCAAGCUGGCCCACUACUCAACACCGCCUGGCCAAAAUUCUACACCUGAAAGCAUGGGGGGCCAUUCCGACAUCUCCAUCAAUGCGACCGGCGCGAGAGUCGCGGUCCAGCAGCCCGCCCCGACGCGGACUGCCAGGAGCGGGUCAAUUUUGCGAAGACCUAGUAUAACAACUGGCACGAAUAGACAGGCAGGCUUAGGAACAACAGCAUCCAACACCUCGGGUGUUACGACCCCUACCGCUCCGGCCGCCAUCCGCACUCGUCGCCCGAACCAUUACCCCCCAGUCUCGAGUACGAACAAUACAGUGAAAGCUCCCAGGCGGUCCUCACUCGGGGAGCGAAAUGGAACAGAGCCGCCGGUACGCACGUCAGUGUCCGUAGACGGAGGGCCUCGUCCUAUGCCCGAGUCAACGCGAACCUCCAAGGCGAGAUCUGUGCAACCGCCGCCCCGAGGCAGCGAUGCUACUACACUAGCCCACGACUUGAGCGCCCUUGCCUUGGGCUCCGGGAGCUCGCCUGUGACAUUUCCACGCUCCCCCAUGACUGCCGUCAAGGCGCCAGUUCCAUCCUCGACCAAGAGGAUAUCUGUUAUGCCUGGUGUUCCUCAUACUUCACAUGCAACAGGCUUAGGCGCCAGGACGAUCAGCCCGACAGAUACGAGACUAAUGAAGCGAAUGUCACAUCAUCAACCCUCUCAAGCGCCAGCUCCAGUACCAACAGCUCCGAUGCCAUUAGCUAGAUCACGUCCUUCGUCUCGUUCUCCAUCCAUGUUGCCGCGCAAGAUCCCAACGCCAGCUUCCUCUCGGACUACCCCGGACGCGAAUAACAGAAAAUCGUACAGCUCUGGUCUUUCGGCUGCGUCGGCAAAUAGCUACAACACUGUACGAUCAUCGACUGGCUCUAUUCAACCGCGUAUUCCGCAGAGCGGCAGCUCUAGGCUACCUGCUCCAAUGGGUAUGCCUGCCCAGAACACGGCGAACGGCGAGGAAGAGGAAGAGGUUCCCCCAGUUCCAGCAAUACCAAAGCUGUACGAUUCGCCCGGGGAACUGUCGUUUUUGGACAAGCGCAAGUCCAAUAGGGCGUUUGAUACUAGUAGCAUCAAUAGCACCUCAACAGGGAGCGUAUCUGGGGCACAGCUGACUGACCCACCGCCUGCUAAGCUGCAACGCAAACCCAGCCAACGAAAGUCCGUACACACUUCGACUGUGGACAAGAAGUCCUCUUCCGCAAACUCAAAGAAAAACCUGCAGCCUCUUCGUCUGCCCCCGCUUGCUCUAGGACCGUUGAGCACUACAACUGCUGCCAAAAUUGCGGCGCUUGAGCAGAAUGCAUCAGACAGGAGUCUUUCUCCUCCUCCUGGCAGGCAAAUUGCAAAGACGCCGUCGACGCCCAUGACAGCGUCAAGAAGCACCUACUUCACCACAACGCGAACUGAGGAUAAGCCUACAGUUCAGCACCUUAGGAGUACAAGCACAAUUAAUCGAGGAAAAGGCGGUAGUAUGGACUCCUACAGCUCGAACGAGUCAAUGGGGGGAGUGGUGUCAAAUGUGAUGCCACAGUCAGGAAUGUCGCCAUAUGUUUCGUCUUCUGCGGUAAAGGGGGGUAAUCAGGAGUCGGCAUACUCCAAUCGACCAAAAACAGGGGAUCCCGAUGCAUCUGUUCCAACCCAGAAACCCUCUGGACCGCGAGCCCCAAAGCCUGCUGCCGCAAAGUCACCACCACCUCCCACUGACCCGGAAGAGCCACCAACUCCAUCGUCAAUUGGCACCUCCAUCAGACGGAAAUUGAGUCUAUCAUGGAAACGAAGCGCAUCCAAGAACGGUAACAGUCGGCCUGAAAAGGUGGAUCCGAACAGUGUCAAACAUGAUUCUAUGCCACCCCCAAGGAUCCCGAUAUCGGCGACAUUGGGCAGCAUGCCUUCAACCACGAAAGCCCCAAGCCCGACGCCUUCAUCAAAAUCGAAUGGGACCGGGACAUACUUGGAGUCAAGGAGACGGAAGAGCUCAGCCUCGAGCCUCAAUGCCAUUGUUGCAGGGGACCGUCAACGUAGCGAUGCGGCGGGCAAGAAGGAAUCUACGCUGGACACGGUGGCAGAGCGGUCGAUUCAUACGUAUAGCUCGGCGCAAAAGAUCCUCAAGCCGAAGAGUUCAAGUGCGACUCUGAGCCAAACCCGUGACGUCUGGACGGCCGAUCUCGACAAGGAUGAUAUGGUGGCCGAGGAAGAGAUGAAGAAACUCGGGUCGCGGCGUAAGGAAACGGAAAUGGCGGCUCGGACGCUCGACGCCUUACGCAAGCGUGCUACUGCCAAGGAACGCGUUGGCCUUCAGGAAGCCCUUAGGAUUGCGGUCCUGAACAUUUAUGAGCGCGGCGAAAUUGUGGACUAUAAGGACGUCUACUUUUGCGGUACUCAGAAUGCGGCUAAGGUGGUUGGUAACGUUCAGUCAGACCUUCCCAACUUUGGGUACGAUGAUGAGCGAGGAGACUACUCGAUUAUUAUCGGCGAUCAUCUUGCAUACAGAUAUGAGAUCAUUGAUGUCCUUGGAAAGGGUAGCUUCGGGCAGGUUGUUCGAUGCAUUGAUCAUAAGACUGGCGUCCUUGUGGCCGUCAAGAUUAUCCGGAACAAGAAGCGGUUCCACCAGCAGGCUCUUGUGGAAGUCAAUAUUCUGCAGAAGCUUCGCGAAUGGGACCCCAAGAAUAAGCACAGCAUGGUCAAUUUCACCCACAGCUUCUAUUUCCGUGGGCAUCUCUGCAUUUCCACCGAACUCCUUGAUAUGAAUCUUUACGAGUUCAUCAAGUCUAAUGCUUUCCGAGGCUUCUCACUCAAGUUGAUUCGGCGGUUCACUAAACAAAUGCUCAGCUCACUGCUUCUGCUAAAGCAGCACAAGGUUAUUCACUGCGACUUGAAGCCAGAAAACAUCCUCCUGCGACACCCUCUACAUUCGGAGAUCAAGGUCAUCGAUUUUGGUUCCAGCUGUUUCGAAAACGAGAAGGUUUAUACUUACAUUCAGUCACGCUUUUACCGAUCCCCCGAGGUUAUUCUGGGUAUGACCUAUGGCCUUCCCAUUGAUAUGUGGUCGCUAGGCUGUAUUCUGGCGGAACUCUUCACUGGUGUUCCCAUUUUCCCUGGUGAGAACGAGCAGGAACAGCUUGCGUGCAUCAUGGAAGUAUUUGGGCCUCCGGAGAAGCAUCUCAUUGAAAAAUCAACACGCAAGAAGCUGUUCUUCGAUAGCUCUGGCAAACCGCGUCUUACCGUCUCCUCGAAGGGCCGCCGUCGCCGCCCCUCCUCCAAGACUUUGCAGCAGGUUCUCAAGUGCGAUGAUCAGCCAUUCCUGGAUUUCAUUGCCCGCUGUCUCAGGUGGGAUCCGGACAGAAGAAUGAAGCCCGAGGAAGCCGUACGACAUGAGUUCAUUACCGGGCAGAAGACUCCGCCCUCAUCUUCCAUGCCAGUGCCACGCCUUGCAUCGACGCGGGAAUCAUCCCCAACCAAGCGUGUACAGAGUCUGAAUGGAGGAGGACCUCGCCCCCUACCGGAGCCGCCGGCCGCCGCCGUCACUACCAGAACUUCACUACGGUCAGGAGUCGUCAGCUCCGGUAUGCCUCAAGGUCCUUUAAAACCCACUCUUGCGAGUAGUGUUCUGCCUGCGUCCCGUAAGGUAUCUGGCAUGACGGCUUCGGGUAGUGGGGCAACUUCUGGCGUGAAAAGAGCAAGCGGAGGUACAACCGGCUCAACAGCUGGCAGUUUCACCUCAGGAAAUGUGGGCGCCAACGGGAGCAGUCUACCGCGAGCGGCGGUUCGUACCACGAGUACCCGGCAGCAGCAACAACAAGAUCUUGCAGCUGCAGGGGCCACAGCGGCCAUGAUGAGCCGCAGGGCCUAGGAGGAACGAUGGGCUAGAAGGGUUCGACUGGGUAUAGGAAGGGCAUUGGCGCCGAACAUGGCGAACGUUGUGACAAAGCGGGAAGUGUUGGGUGGUUAUUAAAAAGUCUUAUAUGGGUAAGAGAAGGUGACGGUCACGAUGCGAAAAAUAUCAAAGGUUUCGGGUGGGGGUUGCUAGGUGUCGAACGAACAAACGAACGGACGAACGGACGGACGAAAGCGAGCAUGGCGUCGAACCUGGAUUUUUUUUGAGUUGUAAACCCCUUCGUCGAGAGGUGCAGUCAUUGU